UUUUGCCUUUUGUUUGUGCCUCGUGAUCUGAUAGGUUCCGCUGUUUUGAGCUGGAGGUGAGUGACUUGGGAUUUUUCGUUGAGUCGGAGACGAUGGCAGGAUGAGGAUGAGGCAGAGGAAGAGGGGCUCGUUGUCGAAGGUGUGCUCCUUGCUGGAGGAGUAUAUGUGGGUGCAUCUCGGUGUGGUUGAAUCGAACAGUAGACUCAGCUUGUUGUCAGGUAUUGAUCUGGUUCGGAAAGACGUCGCAGGGUAUUCAAGGGUUCUGUGUAGGGAAAACGUGGAGGAUAAAUAGGAUGGCGUAGGGUUUUGUGGUUUGAUGUCUCUUUCAGAGCUGAGUUAUGUCAGUUUUUAGAGCCUUGUCUUGCAGCUUUCCAUCCUUUCUCCUCGAUGUACAUAGAACUUGAUUUUAAGAAUUUCGAAAAUCGCCAGGAUUGCGUGAGUUUUUAGAUUCUAAAAUCCCGUGGUGCUUCUUAGAUGUGUCUGAUGUUGUGAAUGUAGUCACGAGUUUGCAGGGACUUCGAGCGUGUGCAUUUGGAGGAGCAUGACGAAGGACUGUGAACUAGAGUUCAUAUUGAGCGAAUUGUAGUUUUGUGAAUUAGGGUUGGGUUUUAUUGAAUAAUGUCACCAGUUGCCUAAGGUUGGAGUUGCUUGUUGGCUAGUGCAACAGCUCAAUACUCACGUAAAGUGGUAUGCUGUGUGCAAUGUAACAGUGUACAUUUCAAUUCGGCCACUAUACAAGCCUCACAACAACGCGUCGAAUGUUGUGCAUUUUGCUUUAAUGGUAGCUGGCAUGACUAAGUGGGAUUCUGGUUUUAGUUGGAAAUUCAUUUGGAACACUUUGCAAAACCAUGGUAUUCUAUUGUAUGCUGCCCUUAUGAAGCUGUGUAUGUUGCACUAAUUUCGUGCGAGCAACUACUACUUUUACAAAUGAAGAUUUUUUAUGUGGCUUAGUUAAAAGAAGCAACUUAAGGCAUCGCCAGCGAGAGUACUGCUAUUGAAAUGUUGCGAAUCAAGGCUGUUGUAGAAACUUUUGUACGGGAUUUGAAGGCAGCGUUAGAGAUUGACAUCCAGGACCGCAUCAUGAAAGAAAGGGAGAUGAACAGCUAUUUGGAGGAGAGGGAGCGAGAUGUCGCGGAAAGAGAAUCUGCCUGGAAAGCGGAACUUAGUAGAAGAGAGGCUGAGGUCAUAAAGCAAGAGACGCGGCUACGAUUUGAGCGAGAGAAUCUGGAGAAGGAAAAGAGUGUGCUCAUGGGAACAGCAUCCAGCUUGGAUAAUCAGGAUGGUGCGCUGGAGAUUACCGUCAGUGGGGAAAAGUAUCGUUGUUUAAGGUUUUCUAAAGCUAAGAAAUGAAGCAUCUUAUGAUAAUUCAGAAACCUUGGGGAGGAGGAGGAGGAGGUAAAGAUACGUAUUGCAAAGGGCAGUUGUGAGCAAUCUUACCUGUCAGAUGGAAUCUAACAUAGAAUUGUCUACACUAGAGUUUCUGUAGGGCUUGUUACAAGUGCUAGAAAACCCUCGUCUACCUCCACGUUGUACAAGUAUGUGCUGUUAUUAUAGUAGAGAUCGCGCUUGUGUGUGGGAAAUUAAUCUCGCACGUUAGUAAAUACCAGCAGAUGACAUUAUAUCAGUUACUGAAUUUAUUGAUGACAAUUGGAAAGCACUUUUUCGGUGAAGCUGUUUGUUCAA